ACAACAACUCUGUUCGUUGCUGUGCUUGGUUUUCUAUCAGAUGUAAAAUGGACGGGCGGUCGUGUUGCUGCGCGUUCGCUUGCUCCGCGUACUCGGUAUAAAAUCGAUGUUUAUUUUGACGUGAAUUCGAAUAUUGUUUACGCGAUUGUUCGACUUCUUCGGUGUUAAAUUACCAUAGAAGAUUGUGUUGUGUUUGUGUUUUUUCUAUGACGCUAGCGUUCACUUCACUUGCAGUGAUUUUGCUGAUAGCUCACUCACCGGUGGGUGCGCGCGUGAUAAACUGCGUGUUCGGUAUUUAAAAAAAAGGCGAAUAAUCGUCUAGUGUGGGUGUUUCACAGUACCACGAUGCUGUGCACGGUGACAUAGUGAACGUUGAAUUUGACCCUGACCGCUGACAACCAUGUCUGGUCGAUCGGAUUGCAGGAAAUUUGCACCAAAUAUCUUUAAUAAGAGCAAGUGCACUAAUUGCUUCCGACAGAAGGAGGAGCACAGUGCUGAAGCUUUGGAAUCUAAUCGGGCCAGUAGAAAGAUAUCAAAAUGCGGAUAUCUGUUCGUGGCACCAGGCUGGGACUUUUCCAAUCCGCUCUACAGAACAAAGAGAUGGCAGCGGAGGUGGUUCGUUUUGUAUGACGAUGGAGAGUUAACCUACUCUCUAGACGAACACCCAGACACAGUCCCGCAAGCCAGCGUGGAUAUGACGACAGUGCUAGAAGUGAGCGAGGCAGAUAGCGUGACGGGUCAUGCCCACAGCCUGGCCAUCACGGCACCGGAACGUGUCACGUUCGUCAAAGGAACUUGUAGAGAAGAGGCACGGUGGUGGUCUGACGUGCUGAGCGUAUACCCGAGAAGCAAGGGUCGACAUAAACGCAACGCCACGUUUCCCGGAGGUCAAACAGCCAGCCUCCUGCAGUCAUCAACAACGAGAAAAUACUCCGCAGACGCGUCGACGCUCCGGGACGCUGCGGACUGCAGCGCGAGGCCGAGGUUUUGCGGUGGUACCACCACGUGGCCCGGGCCGAGAGUGCAGCCACCGCAGUCGGAGAUACCCAGCCUCGCCACGCCCACCAACAUUGACACCAAAGUGUACAACGACCAACCAGUGUCAUCUGCGUCACCACCGACACGGGACAAGAUCAACGGCGAGGAGAAGGCUCGCUCGCGCCGCCGGGAUACGUGGCCUGAACCUGCGACGACUCCUUCCACUGAUGAAGCCAAUGUAGUACGAUCACCGUUACUGCAGCAACAGCAUCAACAGUAUGAUGAACAAUUACGCGAUAUUGCUGCAUCACUAACUAGACCGCGCUCUCGUCGCGCGCUCCCACCUACACUCGAAAGACCUACGAGACUACCGCCACCAGACAGACUACCAGCAAGAGGUUCACCGGAUGGUGGUCCACCUCCUGAUGAAGGAAUCACUAGUUCAGCAAGCGAAGGAAGCGAACCUACAGAUACAGUAGAGACAACGGAGACCACCGAAGGAGGCAGAGUAGAACUACCAGCUGAAAGGCUUCUGCACGCAAGAGCUGGGUGGCUUCAACGAAGAGGAGCUGGUGGUUGGUCUAGACAUUGGUUCGUCUUACGAGGAGCUGCCUUAUUAUACUUCCGAGAUCCCCACGCAGAACAUAGAGGGCUGAUGGAUGGGGUUAUAGAUCUUAGCGGUAUUUCGCGGGUCGUGGAGUUACCAUCAUCUGCUUCCACCAACGGCUACGCGUUUGAAACUGAGACUUGGGAUGGAAAACACAUCGUUUUGUCAGCGGUUACAGCAGGAAUCAGAGCUAAUUGGGUCUCUGCCAUGCGAAGGACGGCUGGAUUACCAGACUCUGGGCCACUUUCUCUAAUAUUGCGAGAGGACGCAGUUGAUCAGACAUCUGAAUCAUCAACAUCUCCGAUUACACCCAUCACUCCAAACACGGCAAAGUCGGGGCCAUUCUCCUCGGACGAAGAAUACAGAACAGCAUCCGAAGGAGGACGCAGAGAUAGUGCAGAUUGGGGAGAUGUUGGCUCUCAGCCUCCGCCAUCACCUAUACUUAAUCGAACUCCAAUUUCCAAAGUCAAAGAAAAGGUACGUGCCAGAGGUUGCCAGCAAACACAACCUAAAAGCGACAAAACCGAUAAAGAUGAAAUAGAUGCUACCAAAGAAAAAGACCUCCCUAUUGAUGAGGUUGACGAAAACGAGAAACCAAAUGAACCCAGAAAACGUAGCUACAUUUCAACUAUCGACAAGCAAACGAUCGAAAUCGAAGACUUGCGAAAGCAAUUAAAAUUAGCAUUGAAUGAUGUUAACGCUGUAGAAUCGGAAUUAGCGAGACUACGUAAACUAAAGGCAGAUGCCGCGUUAAGAGAAAAGAAAAUGGAAGAGUUGGUUAUAACAUUACAAAAGAAAGAAGAAGAAUUAUCUGUCAGGACGAAGGAAGCUGAGAAUUUGGAUGCAAUAAAACAAAUGUACAAUCAAGACAAAACGAUGUGGGAAAACAAGCUAACAGAGACACAAAACUUUUUAAAAGAAUCAACUGAACAUUGUGAGCUAUUGACAAGUCAAUUGACGACAGCACAGGAGACAAUAAAACAGUUACAAAAAGAGUUGAACGAACUAAAUGAAAGGCUAUUAAAGAAUAUUAAAGAAAAUGAUAAUCUUUAUCUUAGAAUAAGAGAGUUGGAAGGUAAAAUUAUAGCAGAAUCACCGACAAGAGAAAAAAGAAAAAGCAUCGGUUCACUCAGUGAUCUCAGUAACAUUAAUCAAGACUUAAAUCUCGAGUCUUUGGAGAAAAAUAGACUGAUCGAAGAAUAUGCAGAUUUAAGGAACAGAUUCUUAAUGGCAAUCCAAGAAAUCAAAACCAUGAAAAGAGAACUCCGGGAAUCACAUAACAUGUAUGAUGAGCUGGAGGUAACCAAUAUGAAAUUGAGAAAUGAAAUGAAGCUAAGAGAGCAGUGCAGCAGAUCCGAAAUUGAUUUAUUGGCGGCUCGUAUAUUAGAUUUAACACAAAAACUUACAGCUUCGGAUAAGCAAGUUCGGACUUUAAAACAUAAGAUACAAAAAACGGAGUCCAGAGAAAAACGACGUAGUUUAUCUUUAAAGGGCAGAGAAUCGUUUACGUUGGGUAAAGAAGUAGAGGAGAAAUUAACAGAAUUAGAAAAUAAAAUCACAAUGUUAGAAACAGGAGAACCUGUACCCACCAUUAACUCGCCUUCAAAAAGCGCGUCGCCAGCCAAAGAAAAAGUAUCCAAAACGGAUAGCGUUACAGACGAAAAAAGGAUGAAAAGAUUAGCUGCAAGAUUACGAAGAAAGUCCUUAGACAGUGCUACGAGCUCAGAACCCAUGAAAAUGCUAGUCCGACUAAGUUCGCUUGAAACCAAAGUGGCUUCUGCUCUAGAACAUCGCCGAGAUGUAACGAAUUCAUGCGAAUCCAUCACCCAGUCGUUAAGUCCAAUAACGAGGUCGACCGAGAGUCCCUUAAGUAAUGAUAGUCCGGAAAGUUCAACCGUGGGCACACAAUCACAGAGACAUCUCUUAGACAGACUUCAGAGUCUUGAAAACGUCGUUAUACAUUCGAGAAAUAAAGUUAACGAAUGCUUAUGCCAAAUGAGUGCAAUGCGAGCGGCUAAAUCAAGGCGAUCGCCUUCCCCGAGCGUUGAAAAGAAAUACAGCAUUAAAUCGAUGGAAAAAUGCUUGAUGGAUGUCAGCAAAAGAUUACAGGAAUGUUUCGACAAGUGCAUCAUAGACUCCUCUGAGCGCCAACAGGCCGGGGAAGAUGUCAACGAUAACGUGGCACAGGUAGUCGUUCAACUCGAGGAACAGUUGAGAACGAAACUACUAGAGAUAUCUAAAAAGAAGGCGGCGCUCUACGAAGCCGGAGAGCUGACACAGAGAAAGAGCUUAGAAAUUCUAGCAGAGAAGCUAGCUUACGAAGCGAUCCUAGUGGGCCGAAUACAAGAGGCUCUGGAAUCAUCGAACGGGAGUAGAUUCUUCGCUAGAUUAAUAAAGUCUGAAAUAAACGAAACUAGUCAACUAAUCGAUAACCUUAAGUCUAAGAUCAACGGCGACGGUGGGCGAGUCUCGUCCGCCACCAAGAGCUCCCUCGACUACCUCGCGAGGAUACUCUCCCGAAAGAUCGACGUCAUAGCGAGCAGCCGCGAUUCCGAGUCGAGGAGAUCGGAGGUCAUCAUCGAAAGCGCGGACCUCGAGGCGCUGAAGGCCUCGCAGAGGGAGGUCGCCGAGGCCGUCGACAAAUACAAGUCGGAGAAACUGACCGAGCUGUGCUCCGCGCUCGCCAGCGAGACGCUCAGCUACGCCGCGCCCGCAGACGCCGACUUCGAGCAGCAGCGCUCCAACGCCGAGGCGGCGCGCGUGCGCGAGGCGUGGGCGGCGGCGCGGGACGCGCUGGGCGCCGAGCUGGUGCAGGCCGAGGUGGCGCGCGCGCUGGCCCGCGCCGCGCAGCUGUGCGAGGGCCGCCUGGACGCCGCGCGCCGCGCCCGCCUCACGCUGUCCGCGCAGCAGCGCGCCGACCUGGAGCUGUGGUGGCAGGCCGCGCACGACCACCUGCGCUGCGAGAUGGACGCCGCCGUGCGGGACAUCGCCGCCCGCUACCGCGAGUGCCUCGCCGCCGACCGCCGCAAGGAGGGCUCCCCGGGACUCGACAGCCGCGCGCUACUGCAGCAGCUGGCCGACGUCCUCGCGCAGAAGGCGCUGGUGGACGCGCGCGUCGCCGUCGUCGAGGGCACCUACCGCGCCUCCGAGCCGAGCGACGCGCUCCGUCGGGCCGACGACGCCAUCUCCUCGCUGGAGACGGACCCCGCGCUCGAGGCGGAGUUCGUCUACCUGUUCCAGCACUUCUCGACCGAGUGCCGAGCGCUCUUCUCCAGUGACUGUUCGGGCAACAGUGACGACUCGAUGAAGAUCGGCGAGAGCCUCGAGCGGGUGGAGGCGGCCGUCGCGGCCGCGCAGCGGCGGCUCGCGGGCGACGAGGCCGCGGACGACGACGAGGCGGGCGGCGCGGGCGGCGCCGACGUCGGUCGCCGCAUGGAAGCGCUGCGGCGCCGCGUCGAGGCGCUGCAGUGCCCGCAGUGCGCGCGCCUGCAGGACGCGCUGGAGCGCCUCACGGCGGAGCGCGCGCGCGGCGAGUGCGCGCUGGCGCAGCAGGCGGCGGCGCUGGCGGCGGCGCGGCGUGCGCGCGCGCAGCUGCAGGCGCAGCACGAGCGGGAGCGCGCCGCGCUGAGGGAGCGCGCGCGCACGCUGCAGCGCCGCCUCGCCGCGCUCGACUCCGAGUACUCGGUGCAGCUGGACAGCCUCCGCGCCGCCUACCAGAGUGCGGUGGCGGCGGACACUCACGGCGACAGCCUGCGCGCGCGAUACCAGCAGGAGAUCGAGCAGCUUCGUGCACUGUGCGAGAAGGGCCUGCUGGCCAUGGAGAGCUCGCAUCGGCGGAUCGUGCGCGAGAUGGAGGACAAGCACCGCGCCGAGAGGGAGCAGCUCAGACUCGAGAAGGAGCAGGCGCUGGCGGAGGAGACCCGCGCGACGCUGGCGGCGCUGGACGCGAUGCGCAAGGCGCACGAGAGCGAGGUGCGGCGCGAGGUGGACAAGUUCAAGGCCGAGUUCCUGUCGCGAGGCGCGCCCGACCUCGGCCAGCUCAGCUCCCGCCACCAACAAGAAAUGGAGGAGAUCAGACGUGAGAUCCUGUCGCUGUCGGAGAAGUACUCCGUGAAGUGCGUGGAGUCGGCGGCGCUGGAGGAGCGGCUGUCGGCGGCCAGCGCGCAGCUCGCGCACGCGCACAACCACAUCAUGCAGCUCGACGCCAGAAACAAACAGCUCCGAGCGCAUAUAAUGUCCGAAGCGAAUGAAAUGAAGAACGCGGAAGCUUCCACACUCGCGCAACUCAUCGAGGAUACUGCACCGCAUGGGUCGGAGGCGCCGCUGUGGGCACAUCUGCGCCGCCUGGCAGCCGCCUGGCAGGGCCACUCCGCCGCAGGGGAAGUCGUCACGGUCGAGCUCGCUGGAGUCGAGAGCCCGCGGGUCCGGCCUGCAGUACUCCAAGACCGACACGUCGAGAAACCUGCAGCUGUCCCCCGUACAGAACUGAAGCCGCUGGCCGGCGUCGUCGCCGAGCGCAAGAAGCGCUUCGAAGCGUAACGACGUCCCCCCCCCCCCCGACGCGCCCCCCCGCUGCACCGGCCACUUAGCUUGACGAUAACCUCACCCUGUCUGAGAACGUACUUAUAGAUAUAAUUGUACGUAUAUUGUAUCCGAUCUAUUGAUCGAAAUUAAACUUUACGGCGACGUAUUAACGGUUCUAUUGGAAUGACGUCGGAGGUGUGGAAUUGUAGAUCCUCGUUGAGAGAAACGAGAGAAAACCUAUAAUUUCUCAUCUGCUUUAAGCGUAUUUGAUUUAACGAUGUAUUGUUACAUUAAUAUAUUGAAAAUGUAUUCUCUAAAUAUUUAUAGUUAAGUUAUUGACUAAGACCAAAAAUGUCCUUCCUCUGCGAGAAGUGGCCAGAACUUUUAACUCCCACCCACCACAAAACUUGUAUAUAACUUUGUUUGUUUUUUUUUUACUUAAUUUUAAUUAACUAUAGAGUGUAUAUUGUUUUCGAUAUUUUCAUUCUUCACAAUUGUUUUAGAAUUAUGCUGUUUUGGACUCGAUAGUUUUUUCCUUCGCUUGACAUUUUCUUGUAAUUCUCGGAGUCGUACAGUUUUAUUAAAUUGUUUUAUUCAGAAUAGCGUAAUUUUAAAAUUCAUAAAGUCAAAGCUAUUCCAUCCCACGGACUUUCCUUCUUAGCGGUAGAUUCGGGUUAGUGAUGUAUUGAUUGUGUAAAAUUUUAACAAUGUGUAAAUACUCAAGUCCGCUCAUCUUUUGUAACCAGUCGUUUCGUGCAGUUUGCUGUUAAUUUAUCUUAUAAGGAGUUUGUUACCAAAUAUUUCUUAUUUAUGAGUUUUUUUUUUGACGUUCGCGUUUCGCGGUAUAUUCGGAGACACAGCUAUGUACUCUCGGGUGGAUUUAUAUGUUUUUUUUUUUGAGAUAGUUAACGCGCCAGAGCUAUAAAAGGCUAUAUGAAAAUGCUCAAUUUCAAAGUACUAAAUGAGCCCAGAUAAAAUUAUAUAAUUUUCGUUAAAAACAAAAAAAUCAAAAUGGCAAACGUUGUUUGUAGUAAUUUGACAAAAACAUUUUUUUAGACUUUGAAUUGAACUUGUAUUGAAGUAUAAAAAGCUAAAUGAUCGUUGGAACGAAUAUUGUUGUAAUGAGCGACAGUUAAUCGCUGUGUCUCGCUAGUGUUUAGAAAACCUUGUUUAUGAUUUUUGUAGAUUUAUAAAUAGUUAUUAUACUCACAUAUGUAUUCGGAAAUGGGAGAUAUAUUCGAGUUAGAAAAAUUCUAAAGGCAUGUUUUCAAUGACCUGUUACAAAAUUAAAAUCAUUGGAUUUUUUAAGUUUAAAAUUAACGAUUUUAAAAAUAUACUGUAACGGGUGUGUAUUUUAGGCAUAUUAUAUUAUUUUUUUUUUUUUAAAUAUUAACACUUUAUUUUAGAAGUUUAAAGUUUGACAUUGUCACCUUGUGUUUCGUUUUAGUGUUGUAUCGCACAUGGCAUCGAAUCGAUAUUCGUAUCGAUAGGUUUAUUAAUGACCCGGCGUUACUGGUUGGUCCCGGGCGUCGUGUGCGAUGGGUCACAUGUCACCGCGUGUGUUUGUUACCAUGUUUUCCGAACUGGGCAUUCGAACGGUCUUCCACUCAUCGAUUUCACCUUGUUAUGUAUAGUUCACCCGCGUCGGAGCGUCAAGCGAAAAUAUGCCUUAUCACAAUGACAUAUGAUAGCUGCGGUGUAUUUUGCUCAAUAUUGUCUAGUAUUAUGGGAUAUACCAAAAUUAGAUGCAUAUGCGCUUCAACUGGCAGGUCUUAACGCGACUGACUGCGACUAUUGGUGUAAUCGCGGACUGUCGGAUGGGCAUCCCUGUUAUAUGACACAAGUAGCGCCAUCUAUUGACAAAAGAUGACGUUGUUCGUGUACCGCUGUUACACCAGUAGCCUCUUAGUAUCUAUAUUAUCUCCCUUUAUUGUCUUAGUUGACGUUGUAAAGUGUUGGUUUAUAUAACAAAGAUUUUUAAAAUAAACUACUUAAUACAAUAA